GUGACCUCCAAAUUGCAACUGCUUCACGACCGGUGAUUUAUUCGACAACCAGAGGGACCGAGGGCUUGAUCCACAACCGGCACAAUGGCGAUCAAGCACAACCAGACGAUUCCCAACACCCACUUCCGCAAGCAGUGGCAGCGGCGUGUGCGGUGCCACUUCGACCAGCCCGGCAAGAAGGUCACCCGCCGUUUGGCGCGCCGUUCAAAGGCCGCCGCGGUCGCUCCCCGCCCGGUCGACAAGCUCCGCCCGGUCGUCCGAUGCCCCACCAUCAAGUACAACCGCCGGACACGCCUCGGCCGUGGCUUCACGCUGGCUGAGAUCAAGGCUGCCGGCAUCCCCAAGCACUAUGCCCGCACCAUCGGUAUCUCGGUCGAUGCGCGCCGCCAGAACCUCUCCGAGGAGGGCCUUGCCGCCAACGUUGAGCGCCUGAAGGAGUACAAGGACCGCCUCAUCGUCUUCCCCCGCAAGUCCAACAAGCCCAAGAAGGCCGAUACCCCCAAGGACCAGCAGACCGCCGAGACCACACAGCACAUCCGCGCCUCGUUCGGCGUCGAGCAGCCCAUCGCCGCCGGCCUCAGCGAGAUCUCCAAGAGCGACCUGCCCAAGAACGUCGAGGGCGGUGCCUACAGGGCCCUCCGCAACGCGAGGUCGACCGCCCGCUACGUCGGUGUCCGGGAGAAGCGCGCGAAGGACAAGGCCGAGGCCGAGAACGCCAAGAAAUAGAGGGUUUUCGGACGGGUCGGUGGCGACGGAUAGGACGGUUCCCGGUGUUCGUUUGGCUGGUCUGGUCUGGUCUCGCUUUCUGCUUUUCCUGAUAGUCCCGGGCGAGGAACGUGGAUUCCUUCUGCUAUGGCCGUGUAGUUUCGGGGACUUGCGUCAGGACAGGGUUCAGAAAGUUUACACGCAUCAUAGGGAUUUGCUAGAGCAUCGCAAAUGAAUGGACAGGAAAAAGCAUGUCUGAUGAUGGCCAAGCAAGCCGCGUUGGUGUUGGGGUCUAAUUGAUUGAUUUAUGCUCUGAU